GUGGCUUUAAAAAGGAUGGGUUACAGCCACAGCCUGCUCAGCCUAGCCUAAGGCAUGAGUUGAACGGUCAUGAAGAGGAUGGAAAUGAGCUGCAGACAACACCAGAGUUCAGAGCACAUGUAGCAAAGAAACUGGGAGCAAUGCUAGACAGUUUCAUCACUGUCCUGAAGGACUCAUCAGGACCCUCACAAACUUCUGGGCAACAGUCUGACUCUGCAGAUGAUGGGUUUCGCCUCUUCUCCUCCUCUGUCCCAGGAGACUGUGGGAAAUCAGAGCCUUGCCCUGCAGCGAGGAGGAGACAGCCAUCUAGCUCCAGUGAGAUGGACAGUGACCAAGAGUGGCAAAGGUACCAAGAGGCUGCUGUGUCAGCCACAGACAUUAUGAAGCAAAGUGCUUUUCCUGCACUGUGCCAGGAUUCCAGCCAGGAUCAGAGUCGGGGUUAUGUAGAACACAGACAGAAAAAGAAGAAGAAGAAGAAGAAAGCAAAAAUUAGGGGAGAGAACAAUAUUCAGGAGAAAAUAAUAGACCCAGCAGAGUGUGAUCAGAUCUACAAAGAUUUGCCACAGUUGGUGUCUGCAAAUGGACAGCAUGAGAGCCAGGACUGCAGUCAUCCAGAGAACUUGGUGUUGCCAGGAGCUUUGAAGAAGAAAAAGAAGAAGAGAAAAAAAGAAUGA